GCUUACCCCACUUUCUGCACUUGCGUAGCGGCAUACAUAGUACAUACAUAGUACCAAACCAGGAAGGGACCCAACUUCAAAUGUUGCCUUGGACUCCACCCCGAGCCUGGGCUUGCACCUCCUUCCGUUGCUCUUUCGCUUCUCCAUUUCCUUUGUCUUACCACAUGCAGUUCUGUUUCUUCACCAUCCUAUCCCCUUACCUACAUAUGUAUCCCCCUACCAUGGUACAUAUGUAUCCCGCAAACCAAGCACGACACCCGUGCAGCCCAUAUAUAUGUACAUAUGUAGGUGGUCAGAUGGACCAAUACAUACAUAAUGUAGUCCAUAUAUGUACAUACGUAUGUAGGUAGGUUACUAAUCUAUACCUAGGUAGGUUAUGUAUGUGUAUACUUACUUACCUCCCUACCUCCCUACCUACCUACCUACCUUACCUAGGGUAGGUACUAGGUAGUUGGGGUUCGGGCAAACCGCAAAGAGGG